AUGCAGCACUAUGGAGUGAACGGCUACUCUCUCCACGCGAUGAACUCCCUGAGCGCCAUGUACAACCUGCACCAGCAGGCCGCGCAACAGGCGCAGCACGCGCCAGACUACCGACCUUCAGUGCACGCGCUCACCCUAGCUGAGAGACUUGCCGGCUGCACAUUUCAAGACAUCAUCCUCGAGGCUCGCUACGGGUCCCAGCAUCGCAAACAGCGCCGGAGCCGUACCGCGUUCACCGCGCAGCAGCUUGAAGCCUUGGAGAAGACUUUCCAGAAGACCCACUACCCCGACGUGGUGAUGCGCGAGCGCCUUGCCAUGUGCACUAACCUCCCCGAGGCCCGCGUGCAGGUGUGGUUCAAGAACCGCAGGGCCAAGUUCCGCAAGAAACAGCGCAGCCUGCAGAAGGAGCAGCUCCAGAAACAGAAGGAGGCCAAUGGAGAGGGAGUUGACAAGGAGGAUUCUCCCACCACCAUCACUCCAGAGAACCAGCUUCCCCCAUCCUCCUCCUCUUCCUCCUUGGCGGUUGAGGGUCCGCCCUGUCCAUUGGUGUCAGAAAUUAGCAUGGAGUUAAAUGUGACCUCGGCAGAACAGUCAGGUUGCGAGUCGGCCACCGAGGACAACGCUACGGAUAAGGAGGAGGAGUCUAAGCCACAGAGGGAGGAGCUCAAGAGUGAGAGGGCGAUGACGCCAGGCAAUGUCUCUCCACCCUGCAAGCGGCUCAGUCCCAAACCUGAAUCCCCCAUGGUCUCUCCGUCUGUGACGCCCUCGUCCAUUGGUGUCAGUGGUGGGAUCUCCCAGAGCCACUCCUACUCCUCCUCCCCGCUCAGCCUCUUCCGCCUGCAGGAGCAGUUCCGCCAGCACAUGGCUGCCACCAACAACAUGGUGCACUACCCUUCCUUCGACAUGGGCACCCCAUCCUCCCUGCCCUACCUGGGCAUGAACGUCAACAUGUCCCCGGCACCUCUGGGCUCCCUGCCCUGCCAGUCAUACUACCAGUCCCUGUCCCACCACGCAGCCCAGCAGGUGUGGAACAGUCCCCUGCUCCAGGCCUCUGGAGGCCUCCCCAGCCACAACAGCAAGACCACCAGCAUCGAGAACCUCCGGAUGCGGGCCAAGCAGCACGCAGCCUCCCUGGGACUGGACACGCUGCCUAACUGA